AUGGUGCAGCCCCAACCUGAUGGCGCACUGCAGUGGGACAUGUCAGGAGACGAUAGUGGGGGGGCGCUUAGGGUCCCACCUGAGCUGGCAGCCAAUGAAGUGGUCACCCGGUUGCUUGGGGACAAUCAGCAGCUCAGAGAUGCCUUGCGGCGGAGCAACCACGCUUUGCGUCAGCGCUGUGAAGAGAUGGAAGGUUGGCAGCGAAAGACUAGGGAGGACAGGGAAUUUCUCAGUUGUCGUUUCCAAGAGGCUAGGGCUCUGGUGGAGAGGUUGGCCCAGGAGAACCACUCUUUACAAGGUCUUGUGAAUGGACCAGCGUCUUCAUCCAGCUACUGCAGUAGCUCCAGUCAGACUGAAGGACCCUUUCCAACAAAGAAUGGUCCUCUUGAUGCAACACAGAUCCCAGAUAAGCAAGAAAAGAAGAAAGUGGAGGAAGCAGAUCAGCAUACGCAGACAACUCCUCCCCGCAGUUUGCUCGUUGAGGGUGCAAUCGAUGUCCUACAAGUGAAGAGCCACAAAGAAAAGCUGGAGGAAGGCAUGCGAGAGCUCAAAAGGAAGAAUGAAGAACUGGAGAAGCAGAGGGACGAGGGCGAAAAAGAGAGAGAGCGAAUGCGUCGCUGCAUUGAUCAACUGUGGGCCAAACUGUCCCAGGCACAGGCAAGCAAUGCUACUGAGGAGGCUGGUCAACAUCGGACUGAAGCUCAGCACUCCUCUGACUGCUCUAGCCUGGCUAAACUCACAGAACAGCUUCAGGCCACACAGGGCAGGUAUCGUGAGCUAGAGGAAAAGCUUGACUACCUACAGAAGAGUUCUGCUCAGCGUGACAGAACUGAGGCUCUGCUAAAGCAAAAGGACAAGGACUGUGAGGCGCUCAAAGCUCAGGCAACGUCUCUUUUAGCAGAACUGAAUGAGAGGCAAAGCUGCCUGGACAAAAGUGAGCAAGAGCGCAAAAUCAUGGAGGACAAAUUGUGUAGUAAGGCAAAAGCCCUGCAAGUGGCAGAACAAGACUUGGAGCAGCAGAGGAACCAGCACCAUGUGAACAAAGACAAACUAAUGUUGCAGAUUCAGAGUUUGGAGCAAGCUCUCAAGACAGAGAGACAUGUUGUCACUGUGGAAAAGAAAAAGUUGACACAACUUCAGCAUGCCUACACAUGUCUCUUUAGAGACUAUGAUGCUAUACUCAAGAGUGAGGGAGGAGAUUUGUGCAGCCGACUGGAGGAGGCAGAGAGAGCGUUAGCCCUGAAGCAAGACCUUAUUGAUAAAUUAAAGGAGGAGGUAGAGCAACAAAAAGGCUCACUGGAGACUGUUCCUGUCCUCACUGCGCAGGCUGAGAUCUACAAGGCAGACUUCCUUGCAGAACGAGAAGCAAGGGAAAAACUAAACCAGAAGAAAGAAGAGCUGCAGGAUCAGCUGACACAUGCUUUGGCUGAAAUUGAUCGACAGAAACAGGAAGCUGCAUCCAGGGUACGUAUGGAGCAGAUGAAGCUGAGACAUCAGGAUGACUUCCCAGCACGUGUUCCACACAUUACGCCUCCUCAGGGUGGAUUUUCUGCCGGUACUUUCAACACUGCGCCCCCUCCAUCCAUAUACCGCAAUCCUGGAAUGGUGCAGGCUGGUGAUCAAGGAGCUGUUGGAGUUGAGGAUCUGCCAGAUUUAUGCUGUCCGAAGUGCCAGUACCAUGCUCCAGAUAUGGACACACUGCAAAUUCAUGUUAUGGACUGUAUACAGUAA